GCCAACCAAACAACCAGUUUACUCAGUAUUAGUGUCGCUGCAAGCUUCGGUUAAACGUCCCUGUUUACGUCGCGCAACAUUCACUGCCAGUACUUUUUCUUGUUCCUGUUGUGCAGUUAUACUAUCGCUGAACAAAAUGAUGGACAAACCGAAACGCCCGAUGUCAGCAUACAUGUUGUGGCUGAAGAGCGAGCGCGUGAAGAUAAAGGCAGACUAUCCUGGCCUUAAGAUGAUCGAGGUGGUCAAGAAGGCGGGAGAAAUAUGGCGUUCCAUGGGGGACAAGAGCACGUGGGAGGAGAAGGCCGCUGACGCCAAGGAGCAGUACGCGCGGGAGCUGGAGUGCUACAACGGGCAGAACCCGACGAAGGGCGCGGGCAAGGCCAAGCCCGCCAAGGCGACGCGGAACAAGAAGAAGAAGGAGCCGGCGCACGACUCGGACGAGGAGAGCGAGUAGCGGCGCCAGUGACCCCAAACAUUAUUACUAGUUAAGUGAAGUGCGGAGUGCGGGCAGCUGCGCGCCCGGCGCGGCUGUGGGAUCGGUUAAGUGCUGCCACGCGGGCUGACGACUAUGCCAACUUACAGUGACAUUAAUUCUCUAAAGUUUAAAAUAUUUGCACCUACUUGUCAUUCAUUUGCAUGUUUUGUCUAGAGCAUUAGGCAAUGAAAAAAUUAAUAUCUUUUGACUGAUUUUUACACCUAUAAGCCAACCCUUUUUAAAUUAUAUUGAUAGAUUGCAAUAUACUAACUUACUCAUCUGCAGUUUGGAUUAACAAAUCUUAUACUAAGACACAAUGACUCCACUUUAGAUUGAAUGAGAGAACAAUAUAGCCGGUAAGAUUAUACUAGACAUAUUAUUGAUAUAAGAUUAUUCUCAUAGUAAGCAAAUGAUCGUAUUAAAUAAACGUGAUCUAAUUCGUA